AUGGGAUUACCAGGACUGGAAGGACUCCCAGGGGAAAAGGGUGACCGUGGACCAGCUGGCACACCAGGAGUAGCAGGGACACCGGGGAAGCCAGGAUCUCCCGGUUCCCCAGGGAUGCCAGGGGAACCUGGUGAAAGAGGACCUAUAGGAGAUAUAGGCUUCCCCGGGCCAGAAGGGCCACAAGGAAAACCAGGAAUCAAUGGAAAAGAUGGAUUGCCAGGUCCUCCGGGUGCUGUGGGGAGACCAGGAGACAGAGGGCCCAAAGGAGAACGUGGAGAUCAGGGUAUUCCAGGGGACAAAGGUCCACAAGGUGAAAGAGGGAAACCUGGCCCAUCAGGAGAAAAGGGAGAUGUGGGUCCUAUUGGGCCACCAGGAGACAGAGGCUAUCCAGGCUCACCAGGUCAUCAGGGUCCCCCGGGUUCACCAGGACCCCCAGGGUUUCCGGCUGAUACAGUUUCACUUGAAGAAAUAAAAAAAUACAUCAAACAAGAGGUUCUUAAGGUUUUUGAAGAAAGGAUGGCUCAGUUUGUAUCCCAGCUGAAGCUGCCUGCUGCCAUGCUUGCAUCCCAAGCUCACGGAAAACCAGGGCCCCCAGGAAAAGAUGGGUUACCAGGGCCACCAGGAAAGGAUGGUCUGCCAGGGCCACCAGGAGAACGUGGAAUUCAAGGUUAUAGAGGACAGAAAGGGGAAAGAGGCGAGCCUGGAAUUGGACUGCCCGGUAACCCUGGACCGCCCGGCCCUGCAGCUACUGGCCCGCCGGGUCCACCGGGAAUGCCAGGCUCACCUGGACCGCAGGGGCCACCUGGACCCAACGGAAGAUGCAAUCCGGCCGACUGCGAUUACCACAUAUCACAGACUCGGUCACGCACCAGCGGGAAAUAAAAGCCCUCUGCUGUAGACACUUGGGUUCACAGUCACUUUUCACUCCUCUCAAUAAGUUAAUUUAAUCUUUGAAAUACUUGGUGCAUUUUUUUUUCCCCUCGACACUGUAUGGUAUACAGAUAAUUUAUAAGGCACAGAAUUGAGCCUUUUUCUGUGUUAUUUGCAGUGUCGUAAUUGUGAAAUGAUGACGUAUAUUUUCCAGAGUGCAUUCCAUGUGUUAUGUUUCUGAUAUUUAUUUUGCUUAGAGGAGAAAAUAGGCCCAAAUAAUUUUCAUAAGCUUCUUUCUUUAAACAAAAAAUGUUUUAUUAUAACUUGAGACAGUAUGUAUGCCUCAGUAUGUAAGAUGACUUUAUUUUUCUUGCUGGUGGUGAAGUUGAAGUGGAGAA